AUUCGCACAAGUUAAUUUCAGCGUUAGUAUUUAAAAAGGCCCCUUAACUAUAAGUCAGAAGCUUUACAACCUAGCACAGCCGCAUUCAAAAAUUGUGUGAUAUGGCUUCGCUGCUUUCAUUCAUGUUGUGGGGCCUAACUGGCGUAUUGGCAAUUCAUUCCUUUUCUGUUGAUAUUAUGGUAUCAAGCGAAAAUGAGAAGGAUGAAGAAACUAGCUUUAUAAUGGGCGAAGUAAAUCUUUGUUCGAAUGUGGCAAACAACGUAUUCUUGCCCUAUGUAGGAAACUGUAGCAAGUACUACUUAUGCAUGUAUGGUCAGGCAACUGAACAUCCAUGCGGUGCUAUAGAUUCAACGCACCUUCUCCGUUUUGACGCUCGAACUCAAAGUUGCACGGAUGACGAAGAUAUUAAAUGUCUGCCUGAAUGCAAGUCUUCGGUGUUGAGCAGUUUCUGCUACGAUCGCACUUGCAGCAAGUACGUGCUAUGUUACAACAACCAGGCGGUGUUACGUCAAUGCCAGGAUGGGUUACAGUACAAUGCGGAAACCGAUCGAUGCGAUUUUCCUCAAUUUGUGGACUGUGUAGAUAAUCUAUGUUCUCCUGUCAAUAACCCUAAUGACAUCACCUAUAUACCUAGCAAAGCGCAGUGUGACAAAUACUAUGUAUGUGUAAAUGCCAUACCGCAUAGUCAGCUGUGUGCCGGUGGGCUACAAUUCAAUCCCAAAUGCAAUUGCUGUGACUUUCCAUCGAAUGCCGAAUGCACGAUCACAGCUCUGCAACGUAACAUCAAGCCCUACUCUCGCGCACCACCACGCCGAGCUGACAUUACCUGCCCAGAGAAAGGCGUUCAUUUCUUUGCUCAUCAGACGCGUAAAGACGCCUACUACUAUUGCCUUGAUGGACAAGGACUGACUUUGGACUGCACGCCUGGGUUGUUAUACGACUCGAACGUGCACGAAUGUCGUGAACCCAAGAACAUAAAGUUUUAA